CGUGGGAUGUCUUGGCUGCAAAAGUUCGGCUGAAAUGACUACAUCCUAACCGGUCAGAAGGAGGGGAGCACGAGGCGAGUAUCUGUGAUCCUUGUUGACCGUGAGGCGUGGCCCCAACAGGCGGGUAAUGAGUUGAAUCCUGAGACUUUUACACCCCCCUCCCCACGCCGCCAUGGGCAUCCGCGCUUCCGCCGCAGCCUCGGAGCGGAGCGCUGUUCACCUGCUGUGGUGUUGAAGCAGCAACGGAACUGCGCGCUGUCACAGACUGACGGGGGAAGCACAGAGAACUGCCUAAAAAAGCGCGUGCGCAUGGAUCUGAAACCAGUCAAUGCGUAGAAAGACACAAACAUUGGAAGGAUGGAUCGACUCCCCCCCGCCCUCGGUCUCGAUGCCGAGGUCUGAGCACCCCGCCUCGCACCGGAACUCAGCGCAGCUUCCACAGUUGAGGAGGGCGACCGAGGCUUCCGAUCACUGAGUUGCGGUUGAUGGUUCUUUGCGUGUGGACUGGAGUGCGCCGAGCUCCGUUUCUGAUCUCUCUCUUUUGGGGAACACGCAAACCUGCUUGAGGAACAGACUGAUUUUGGCAGAACCUUGGGGUACACUGGACUUCAGUGAGGUGAAUGUUGAUGACACUAUUGAAAUGUUACCAAAAUCAAGAAGAGCUCUUACCAUUCAAGAGAUUGCUGCAUUAGCGCGAUCCUCCCUGCAUGGUAUUUCACAGGUUGUAAAGGACCAUGUGACAAAACCCACAGCCAUGGCUCAAGGCAGAGUGGCCCAUUUGAUAGAGUGGAAGGGGUGGUGCAAGCCGAUGGACACUGCAACAGCCCUGGAGUCAGACUUCAACUCCUACUCUGACCUCACGGAGGGAGAACAGGAAGCUCGCUUUGCUGCCGGUGUUGCAGAGCAGUUUGCCAUUGCAGAGGCUAAGCUGAGGGCUUGGUCCUCCGUGGACGGAGACGAGUCCAACGAUGACUCAUACGAUGAAGACUUUCUGCCUGCCAACGACCCCACCACACAGAGCACUGAUGUGUCCUCCUACCCCCCUUACUUGAAGGAUCUGAUCCACUCCCAGCUUUGUCAGCACCUGGGCUUGUGGGGGACCCUCUCUGAAAGUGGGGUAGGGGUAGGAGAUGGUGGUUGCAGCCGGGAGCCGUCCCCCACGGCGGGCUCUCCGGACACACUGUGCUCCAGCAUGUGCAGCCUUGAUGAGCAGCACCCCCUGCUGCGUGACCUGGGGGGACACCGUGUCCCCCACUCCAAUGCUGCUGAGCUUGCUGCCAAGAUCCUGUCGGCGCUCCACGGAGGGGAGGAGCUGCUGGCCCGCCUUCAGAGGGUGGGGCAGAGUGGGCCUGGUGGGGGAGAGAACGGUUUCCAUAACCUGGGAGGGGGCACAAGGCAAGCACAAGGCUGCAGGCCCUGUGGGGGUCAGGACUCCCCUUGCUACUCCAUGUCUUACUCCGAGACGUACCUGUCACCUGGGGAGGACGACGACGCUCCAUGCAAGGACUAUCAGAGCACCAUGUGCCAGGUGGAGGCAGAGGGCAAUGAAGUGGAGCACCCGUCUGGCUAUGAUCCCAGCCGGAGGGUGUCUGACGUGGCCUCUUCUGGUGUGGUUUCCCUGGAUGAAGAGGAUUUUGAAGAGGAGCUGGAGGAGAGGGCGGGGCAGCCAAACAACCAGUGACUCCAGCAAACAAAGGGUUAAUGUCGUCUUCUGAAAUUUGAAAACUCUCCAUGUCUAAAAAAACAGAACCUCCUACAUUGGCGGUGGUUCCCCCUCUGACUGACUAUCCGUCUUUGCCUUACUGGUGGUUUCAGCUCCUCCCUCCUCCUGUUUCGUCCUCCCACAAAUCUACACUGUUUGCUUUGAAGGCGUCCAAACAAUCUUUUUGAUCGGAGCGCAAACGCUGGACUCAAUACAGCAACUCACCCCCUGAGUUGUUGAUUUAAAUCCCACCCUAAAUUCCUAAAUCCUAAACAGAAUCAGAAGGACGGAGAGUUUGGACUCUGACUUAUCGAUGCAUGUAUUCUGCAAGCGCAGGAAUGACCUGGUCUGGAACAAGAAGUGUAAUCUCAGCUAUGCUGUAUUACUACCCCUGUCAAUGCCCCCCUUGGAGGGCAGGUUGACACUGCAUCCUGGCACCUGCCCUAUAUCCUGCAUAAUUCCCUCUCUCCUUUGCAAGAGACUACUUUGCAUCCUUCUGGGCAUGGCUUGCUGAGAAUGCCAAACUAUUUAACCCUGUCACGACUGAGUAGAAGCAAGUGCUGGAAUGUCAGGAAAGUGACAGGAAGUGGUUUGUAUUUUAAAAAAAGGGUUUGUGACAGAAAUGAUAUGCUUUUAUUGUACUAGUUUUCUAUCAUUCAAACAUGUCGUCGUUCAAGUGACAUUGUUAUGGUUGAAACCUGUCAUAAUGACACUCAGUCCCAGAUGUUCUGUGGACUUCUGAGUGGAAGACAAAAAGUUGCUUGUCUUGGAAGUGAAAACUUUCAGAAACUUCUGACAAAAAAUACAGAAUGUUCCUGAAGUGAUCCUUUGGUGAGAAAUGUUUGGCAUGGAGCAUCAUAGGAUGAAAAGACAACAAGAGUUUUUUUCCUGUGAACACAUACAGUGCAUUGGAGAUUUUUCUAUAUUUUUGUAUGAGUCGUCUUGCUUUGAUCUCUUUGCCUAUGCGGCAUGCCAGUGAAUGUGGUUUUUUGCACGAAGCUAAUGUGGCUGUAGAUUUCUCCUUUUCUUUGUUAUCACUGUGUGAUAUAGUUACUGGGAAAACAAAAAAACAACAAAUGUGAACAAAAAAGUUUUUUUUUCUUCCAUUUUUUUCCAAACAGGAUACUGUGAUAUGCUUAGUUAUUUCCAUAUUUCCUUUAAUCUAAUUUUUCAGAAUGCUCUUAGUUCGUUUCCCUUCUAGACGUUUGCUUCUGUUUCUCUGUUAUUCUUCCUUUAAUGUGAUGCUUUUGCAGAAGGGCAUGUUUAUGUGCCCCAUACAGAAUCUCCCAUCUCCAUAGCGACGUGUGGAGAACGAUUAAAAUUCUCCCACUGAUGGUUCAUACAACUCAGGUAAUCCACUUGGUCCUGUGCACCCCCACCCCCCACACAUGCAUGAGUCCUGCUCAUUGUCCAUGUGUGUUUGCACAUGUUUGUGGGAUGUUGUGAGGGUAAGUCAUCAUUUUCUGUGAAUAAUUAAAGUACAGGUUUAACGCCAUGUCUUUUAGUAAAAGCCUCAACAAGACAGUUUGUGUUUUGACAUUUUCUGAAGUUGUGUGUCUGCACUGUAAGAUGUCAGCAAGCAGCUAAAGCUUGCAUUUUCAUUCCAAAACCCAUCCAAUGCAGCGAUUCCCUUUAAAACAUUGUCAGGUGUAGCUAUAUAUUGGUUUAAUUGGGACUGGAGGUUUAAAUAAAAACCAGAAAAUGCACACAGAACGCAGGAAAGGAUGGCAGUUUCUGAUGCAAACAGAGAACAUAGUUUACUACAGUUGACGAGGGGAAAAGACAGUGACAACUCAGGGGGAACAAAUGAAGCUGUGCCUUUCAUGCAUCACCUCUGACCUCCCUAGUUGCAUUCCAAUCAUCAUCAUCCUCCAUGGUGUCACUGAGGCCACAGCUUGGCCUUUUUACACCUUUCUGAUCAUCAUGAGGGGCAAGGGGGGCAGAUAAACAUGCCAGCGUGGGUCGGAUGGAGCCAUCAAAAAUCCCUGUUGCGUCUGCUGCGAGUUUGCUCCUGCUGCAGCUAGCCGCAGGUUACCGCAGGGCGCUUUGCGUCAUUGUCCUUUCGGCUGACAUUAAGAUCCCGGCAGUGCAAGGAGAGGUUGGGCUUUUGUUUGGGUGAGGUGACGCAGGCAUGCCUUUGUUGGCUGACUCCCUCCUCCAUUUAUCAGCUCUCUCCGUCCACCUCUGUGCUUUUUUUUUUUUUUUUCUGUCAAUAUGAAUGUCUUCAUCCUCUUCUGUGUGCUCAGAAAAGUGGUCACACUUGUGAAAGGAUGUUGUCCGUCAUCCUUCUGAAUCCUUAACUCCUUUCGCUCUUUGAAAGUCAGCCCAACCACGUCAUAAAUCAAAGUCUUUGGUGACUUUAUGGACUUCCUAACUGUCUCCAUGGGAAUGUUUCAUCCUUGUGGGAAUAGAUAUCAAACAUGUCCCACUGACAGCCUGAUGAAUGUUUCCCUUCUGUAUCCCUCCAUCAGUGUGCUGUCAUCCCCUGCUCUCCUCCUCCAGUGUCUUUGUGUUUGUCUCCAUCUUUCCCCCCACAGGGGACUUAUUACAUAACUAAGAGGACAUUUGUGCGCUACCUUUGCCCAAAGGCUAUUAGCCUGGGAUUGUAAAACUUGCUGAUGAUCAGGAGAUGUUGUCUCCUGUCUGUCUGUCUCUUUUCUUUACAUUCCCUUUGGUUCCCCGGUUCUUUUACAGCCAGCAGUUUCUCAGUGACAGCUUCUGUCCCAGAAGGCUCCCUGCCCUCUUUGUUUCCAUGCUCCUUUUUCUGUUGAAAUGAUUGAUGAUUUGUUAGCCUAAUAGGCACAGAAAAACUUGCUGUGCUUGACUCAGGCAGACGUCUUUAGAUGGAAACACGCUCUGACAUUUGCAUGGAUGUGUGCAUGCUCAUGGGCAGGGUAUUUAGUUUAUUUUGUGUCCAGACACCGGACUCUUAUCAGAGAGAAGUGCUUCAGGUUCCGCAUGUGCAUGUGUGUGUCAGGAGGCCCCAGUGCUAUAAAAAGACAUCAAAACAUCUGUCCCACAGCGUCAAGGCAGGAGGGCGUAUGAAUAUUUAGCUGGUGGAAGCGCUACUGUCACCCUACAACCUACUUAGCAUUUUAGAACAACCCAGCUGGGCCAGGACACAACCCCAUCCCAUCACCGUUCAGUGAAAAAAACUGUGAAGGUGUGUGAAUAUGUGCUGGAAAUGAACCCCAACAAUACCUGCAUAGAGACUUGGGCUGAUGGUUGGAGGCUGAUGGUUGGGGCAGCUCUCACAGGGAGGAGUCUCACAAAGCCAUACUACUAACCCAACAGAGACAAAGAGGCUGCAAACAAGAGGCAGAGAAGCUUAAAUGAAUGUAUUGUUUCAUCCAGUCUCUCAGAGGGUCAGCAUCAGUCACUCCUCCUACUCAAAACCAUUCCUGUCUUUUCUCCUCCUUUUUUAUUGAAACAUGUUUUUCCUCUUUUGGUGAAUGUUAUUAUUUGAAUAUUAUGUCCUUGGAUUAGAAAAAUAAAUCAUUGUUUGCUGCCUCUGAUAUCAUUUCGAGGUAAUAAAUUAUUGGUAUUGUUUGCAAAAAACAAA